UAAAUCAUAAAAACUCACAAAGAUAUUUCCAAAAUUCGAAAAAUCUCUCUCUAUCUAGAAACUUCAAAUUCUCUUGUUUUCUUGUUUGUUACCCUUUUGAUUCUCAUCAUGAAUUCGAUGUUCAGUGCCUUCGACGCUCUCUUCGUUGAGGUUAUGGGAAAGAACCUUAUGGCUUCUUCGUUUAAUGCUACCGCUACUGCCACCGCCAAACCUGCCGCAACUCAAACGCAAACGGAGAAGAAGGAAAACGCAAGUACUAAUAAGAUGGGUUUGGUGCAGAAGACUCCGAGGUUUGCUCUGGAGCUUGACGGUCUUCACUGCUUCGAGACAAUAGUCCGUUCUUGAUUUUGACUAUUAUUGAUCUGUUCUUCUUGCCUGACCAGAAACGUUUGUUUCUGAGUUUUUUGUUUUUUUUUUUAUAUAUUCUUUUUAUUGAUUAUAACAUGUAACUGUGAGUACAAUAUCGAUCGAUUUAAUCGGGAUAUAUACAUUUUUUUGCUCGUC